ACUCAUGGCAGAUAUCCUCACUAAUGCAACCCAGAUAUUGUCCGUGAUAGAUAGUUCCCUUCCCCUUACUGCUGUAAUGUAAACAGUCCUGCCACACCCAUGGAAACACUCAAGAGCUCCUGGAAUUCUUGCAGUCAGACGAUGCAUGUGGUCCUGAUCAGUGUGUUUCUGCUUCAGCUCGCAGCCAUUCGGAGAACUAAACGUGCUUCUUUCUGUAAAUAGACGGAGAUUAAAUAUAGCAGGCAGUUCACUUUGCUGUGUUGACUGUGUUGACUCCGAUGUUGUGUAAUUUGGAAAAGUUUCUUUUAAAGAGUUUCUACUGUGACUGGAAAUUAUGCUAAACUCUGAAGGAAAGUGAAACUGUACAGACAUCUAUGAAGAGGCUGUAGUUGUGCGUCAUAUUUGGAUUAAACGUCUGGAAAUUGUGAGCCAUUCCUCCCCAACGCCCUUCACAUGUCAUGAGCAUGGCCAGAGAAGGACUUCGUGUUUCAUAGCAGUGUGUGCCUAUUCCGGAUUCUCCAUUACAUUUCUACAAGCUCAAGGGCUGAUAUGAAUAAAGUAGCAUCGUGGUCAGAGGAGGAGGUCUCGCUCUGGCUGACCGAUCAGGGCCUGCAGGAAUACUCAGAACCAUUGCGAAACUAUGACGGACCGGCUUUGUUAAGUAUUACGACGGAUGACUUCAAGAGGUCACCCCUCUCCAGGGUUACGUCAGACGGUGGUCGUCUGCUCCUGGAAAAGAUUGAGACUCUUAAGAUCGAGCAUCAUAUCGACGUCCACAAGAAUGGACAUGCCAACGGGCACAUGGUGUUGAAUCAUAACGGGAAUGCUGGGAGUGCCGGAAAGGCUCACCGGAAUGGCGUGGUGAAUGGCUUCCACAAGGAACUGGUGCAGAUUCCCAUACCAGAGCCAUCUUCUCCGCAGUUCCCUCCUGAGUGGGGAAAGACCGCUGUGGCUCUUGUCUAUGCCUUAUGCUGCUUCGUCUUGACCACCGUCAUUAUUUCUGUGGUCCAUGAACGUGUGCCUCCUAAGGAGGCAUCUCCACCGCUCCCUGACAAGUUCUUUGACUUUUUUGAUCGAGUGGAGUGGGCUUUCACUAUAUGCGAGAUCAGCGGAAUGAUUCUGAUCGUCUUGUGGAUUAUACAGCUGAGUCUCUUAAAACACAAAUCAAUUGUAGGUCGACGCUUCUUUUUCAUAGUCGGGACGCUCUACCUCUACAGGUGCAUCACCAUGUACGUUACUACUCUUCCUGUGCCUGGCAUGCACUUCAAAUGCUCUCCUAAGCUGUAUGGUGACUGGGAAUCUCAGAUCCGGCGGGUGAUGAAAAUGAUUGCAGGAGGAGGUCUGACCAUCACAGGCUCUCAUAACAUGUGUGGAGACUACUUGUACAGCGGCCACACAGUCAUGCUCACCCUCACUUAUCUCUUCACGAAGGAGUAUUCUCCUAGAAGGUUCUGGUGGUACCACUGGGGCUGCUGGGCUUUGUGUGCAAUAGGAGUGUUUUGCAUCCUUCUAGCUCAUGACCACUACACGAUUGAUGUCGCCGUGGCCUACUUCAUAACCACACGUCUCUUCUGGUGGUAUCACACAAUGGCCAACCAACAAGCUCUCAAAGAGACAUCCCAGACCAACUUUUUCACCCACGUAUGGUGGUACCGAUUUUUCCGGUACCUGGAAAACAACGUUCUCGCCGUCGUCCCCCGCAGCUACCAGAAGCCCUUCUUAUGGCGAUCGCUGCAUUGGGGCCACGUGAAGUACACGCGGAUAGACUCAGAUUGACUAAUGUGCAAAUGCUACAUUAAAAGCAUCUCAUUCCUCUAUGAUGUCCUCACAGGAUUGGUUUUGGAUGUAAAACUUAGCACAUGUAGGGCUGAAAACAAUAAUGGCUUUAGGAGAAACCAUUGUCAGUGAUUUUCUUCUCUCCAAAUUGUGUUAUUGGACUUGCGUUGGCCCGUAGCAUCAUCCUGAAUUUCACCAAAAAAAAUCACAAAAGACGAGCCAGCAAACUAAAUGCCAAGUUAUUUAUUUGUAUCUUCAGUGCCCCGUUUACAGGCACGAAGCCAUCUUUUCAAGCUAUUUUUGUUAGCUCAAGUAAGCAAUUUGACAAACUGUAAAUAGUGCAUUUUUGCAUUUACAGCCUUACAUUUUUCUAGUCGUCUGCUAAACAACACGUGCUGUCGGAGAAGGUUUAUAUGAAUAUAUUAGUUCUAUUUUGAACUAAUUCUUUACAUCGAGAGCUAUGGAAGAUGUUUAUCGUUUGGAUAAUCUAAUGUUCCUCAGUGCCUUAAUAGUUCAUUGCGAACUGUGGUCUGACAGUCAACUGUAGUAAUGUUUUUAUGUUUAUUCAAAGACAAUUUCAGUGUUUUGAACCACGUAUGCUUGAAACAGUACUCACCUCGUCGCUCGAAUGUAACAAUACUGUUAGUUUUGAAAGUGUAUUUCCAUGACUGUCAGCAAAGAUAAUUCAUUUCUCCGAUGUUGUUUUUGGAAUGUAUUUAUUUAUGUCUUUGUUCUGUUAUAUUUCAUUUUUGUCUUUGGAAUCUUUUUUGGCACGUUGUUAGUCUUUCUGAAAGCUGGUGCUUUAUGGUUCUGACUGAAAUCCAGGUCUCUGGGGUGUUCAGUUCUGGGUUUGACAAAAUGAUGUGAACCAAUCUAUCCUUUCCAUGAGCCAGAACAGAUGCCCCGUUGACCAUCCAAUACGACAAGCUGCUAUAUUGUGAUAUAAUAGUAGGAGGUGUUCGUCCAUUGACAAAGAAAUAAAUUACAAAAUAUCA